UACACAUUGAGCAUUGUUGAAGAUGAAGUUCCCUUCUGCAUAAAUACUGACCAAACAAAUACAGAUGAGGAACACAACAGUCGCCUCCAGAAUUGAAACGGGUGUUCUCGAAGACACCGAAACGGUAGGAAAUUACAGAAAAGGAUACAACCCGCAAAAUGCACCAAGAAGAUGGAAGUAGGGCUGAUGAGGUGUAUGAAAAUAGUGGCGUUAUAAAUGGUCAAUCUGGAAAACAGAUCACAACCUGCAACACAACAAGAAUUCAUUCAUCUAAACAUACAGAAAGUGAUGGUGUGAAGAUCAGAAGCUCCAGAGCUGAACGCUGUGUUUCAUUGCUGCUGUGUGUUUUUCUGCUGACUGCAGUCGUAGCGUUGUGUGUCUUCUUCACUCAAGAGAGACAACAGCUCGUGUCCAGGAAUGAGAAUCUGACUAGAGAGAGAGACCAGCUGAAACAGGAGAAAAAUGAUCUUCAGAGCAGUCUUGGUAAAGUGGAUGGAUGGAUCUGCCAUCAAUCCAGUCUAUACUUUUUUUCCUCUGAGAGGAAGAACUGGACGGAGAGUAGAAGAUACUGUAGAGAGAGAGGAGCCGAUCUGAUCAUCAUAAACAACAGAGAGGAAGAAGACUUUGUUACGAGGGUGUCUGUUUUUAAUGCAGUCUGGAUUGGUUUGACUGACACUGAUGAAGAGGGCAGAUGGAAAUGGGUUGAUGGCAGCACAAUGACCUCUGGCUUCUGGAUAUCUGGAGAGCCAGACAGUUUCAUGGGUCUAGAGGAAGACUGUGUCAUAGCUUCAUAUGGAUGGAAUGAUUCUCCGUGUAAUGGGGCAUUUGGAUGGAUUUGUGAGAAGACUAUUUUUUAAAAUG